AGUUCCCUCCUGGUUUGAGGUGGACUUGAAGCUGACUGUCCCGUGCGCAGGUUCAAACCCUCAAGCUCCAAUUCAUCUCUGCCCUAUCCCAUGACCUAAUAUACCUCUCUCGUUCUUCGAUGGGUUAUACGUGAAGAAAAUGCUACCAAUUAGCCUUAAUCUGUGGGCUUGGACUUGCCGAGGCCAGGCCGAGGACAGCUACAAGUACGGGCUGGCUGCCCCUCAUUGUGCUCAAAUCGUCACACAAGCUGCUGGUGGAUGAAACACCCUUCCCGAAGCCAGGGCUCCAACCAAGGGCCCAGGUUGAGGGCUAUCGUCAUCAAUUCUGUCCCGCGGGAAUCCUAUACGAGAAGUGAACUGAAUGCCGGGUUGCCUCAUGACAUACAAGCCCAUCCUCUGCGGGGCAAUGAGCUCCUCACAAGCUAGCUCUCCUGACCUGCCGGCUAUUCCCCUCAAAAUGGAUUGAAACACAGACCUUCUGAUGUUCCCGACCGAUAUACCUCGGAAUUCGAACCAGAUUACACGGCGGUAAGCAAAGAACAGUUUAGCUCCCUCGUGUGUGGUCAGCACUUUUUUCAUUUAUUCCACAGCUCAAAGAUAAACAUUGUGGUGGAGCGGUGGUGCUGCGAGUUGCCGUUCGCCGGGCCUUCCUGUUUUGCUGUUGUAGUAUAAAGAGAUCGAGGUACCAAUCCUGCCCAGGAUUCCCGAGGCACCAUGACGGACGCAUUCUCCCAAGCAAGCAGGCGAUUGAGUCAGAUCAAAGAUUCCAUCAUGGGCAAAGUGGCAACCACCAUUCCCUUCGACCCGGAGUCGACCUCGUUCCCGACCCGCAAGAACCUCCCCAAAAUCGUCGGCGCGCCCGACGAGGCGGCCUGGGUCUGGGGAAAGGACGACUACAUCGGCCGGCUGAACCUGUUGACGCCCACGCGCGUCAAGGCCGCCGCCUCCCAUGAGAUCCGCACGGGAGAAAUGGCACGACUGGACUUGCCGCUGGACGUGCCGCUGCAGCCGGCCUUUGGGCGGCAGAAGUUUGAGCACAAGAUCGUGCCCAUCGCCGAGGGCAUUUCGUACGACGACAUCUACCACAUGAACACGCAGUCCGGUACGCAGUGGGACGGGUUCCGGCACUUUGCGCACGUGGCGACUCAGACCUUCUACAACAACACGCACAAGGACGACAUCAUGGGCCCGACGGCCAACGCCCACAAGUGCAGCAUCCACCACUGGUCCGAGCACGGCUUUUCCGGCCGCGGCGUGCUGCUCGACUACCGCUCGUACGCCGACAGCGUGGGCAUCAAGUACGACACGGCGACGUCGCACGCCAUCAGCUACGACGACCUGGUGGCGUGCGGCAAGCACCAGGGGCUGGACAUCCGCCCGCAGUCGCAGGGCGGCGACCUCAAGAUCGGCGACAUCCUGCUCAUCCGCUCCGGCUGGGUCGAGGACUACUACAAGCGCGCGCCCGAGGACCGCGACCGGCUCGCCCUGCGCCACGGGCCCGACGCCCAGUGGUGCGGCGUCAAGCAGGAGGAGGCCGUCAAGGACUGGCUGCACGACUCCUACUUUGCCGCCGUGGGCGGCGACGCCCCGGCCUUUGAGCGCUGGCCCACCCCGGAGAACUACUACCUGCAUGAGUUCAUCAUCGCCCUGUGGGGCAUGCCGCUCGGCGAGAUGCUCGACCUCGAGAAGCUGAGCCAGCUGUGCAAGAAGAACAAGCGCUGGACCUUCUUCUUCAGCAGCGCCCCCUUCAAUUGCCACGGCGGCGUGAGCAGCCACGUCAAUGCGACUGCGAUUUUCUAGUCCGGCACCCCUCCCCAAAAAUGGAGAGCAGCAGGUUUCUGAGAGGAACGAUCGCUGAUUGAGGCGGGAGAGGAGAGUGAGAUCUGUGCUCGAGACUUUGCUUGGGUGGGUUGUUAGGAGGAUCUUUGGUGAUGGAGGAUUGAUGGAGGGACCGGACGAGGGAUGGCUGUUGUGACCACAGGUGGAGGUAGUCGAAUUGGGGGGGAACUGUGUGUGUUUGCUCACUGCCAAUGAGAAUAUAAGAGCAUGUUGCUAUAUCUACUCAAAACGCUUGCUUGGUACGACGACGCAUAGACAACCAUGAGGCACGAGGCACGCGACAUCAAACAAGCACACGCCGCAUCCUUGAAAAAUCGUGGCUGUUCGAACGCAGCUCCAACGGCACACUCAACACCAAUCUAGUUUCCCGGCCAAGUUAUAUCUCGUCCCACAGAGCCACCCUCACAGAUAAUCCAUUGGGCGAAAUCUGGUCCCGUAGCUGCACCACCUGGGCUAUACUAGGUAUAGUUCUAUGCCUUGGCAUCCUCCUGCUUCUCUGCUGCUUCGGCUUUCUUCUCUCGGGUUUCUUGCGCGGCUUCCUGCUUCGGUUCUCCCUCGUCUGCCGUGGCAGGGGCUUCAGAUGGUGGGAUUGGCGAUGAGGGUGGUGGUGGUGCCGCUGCUGCACUGCUAACCACUGGCUUUCCC